GUUUUGUUUUACUUUACUUUAUGAAAUCCAUCCCCAAUGUAGUCAGAUAUUUUUCCUAUAUAACAGUUUCAAAUUGUCUAUCACAUAUACAUUGUAUGAAAUGAGAUGUCGUUGCAAGAUGAUGAACAGUCUACAAACUUGCUUCAUUUUCAAGCUCACAUAUGGAACCACAUCUUCAGCUUUAUAAACUCCAUGUGUCUCAAAUGUGCUAUUCAGCUUCAAAUACCUGAUAUCAUCAAUCGCCAUGGUGCACCAAUGUUGCUCUCCGAGCUAGUUGAAGCCCUCUCCAUCAACAAGGAGAGAGCUCAUUUUGUCUAUAGACUUAUGCGCAUCCUUGUUCACUCUGGUUUCUUUAUGAAACAAAGUAUAUCCACAACUGGAGACCACGUGGAGGAGGAAAGAGAAGGCUAUUUGCUAGCUCCUGCUUCUCGCUUCCUUCUAAAGGAAGAGCCAUUAAGCAUUAGGCCCUUUUUGCUAGCCAUGUUGGAUCCAAUACUGAUGGAUCCAUGGCAACACAUGAGCAAAUGGUUCCAGAACGAUGACAUCAACCCUUUUCUGACAACCCACGGAAGGAAUCUUUGGGAUUUUGCAGGCCAAGAUCCGAACCUUAACCAGUUCUUCAAUGAAGCAAUGGGCAGUGAUGCAAGGCUUGUGACAAGUCUGAUUCUAAAACACUCUACAAAUGUUUUUGAAAGGUUGAAUUCAAUUGUUGAUGUAGGGGGUGGUACUGGAACCGUUGCCAAAGCCAUUGCGGAAGCUUUUCCUGAUAUAACUUGCAUCUCUUUUGAUCUUCCUCAUGUUGUUGAUGGUUUGGUAGGAAGUAAGAAUUUGAGUUUUCUUGGUGGAGACAUGUUUGAAUCCAUUCCAAAAGCUGAUGCAGUUUUGGUCAAGUGGAUAUUACAUGAUUGGAGUGAUGAAGAAUGCAUAAAGAUAUUGAUGCAGUGCAAAGAGGCAAUCCCCAGCAAGGAAAAGGGAGGAAAAGUAAUCAUCAUAGACAUGGUGUUGAAGAACGAUGAAGGGGACAAGGAAUUACUCGAGACUCAGCUUUUCUUUGAUAUGCUUAUGAUGACCUUGGUGACAGGAAGAGAGAGGAGUGAAAGAGAUUGGGCAAAGCUUUUCGUGGAUGCUGGCUUUAGCGAUUACAAGAUAACUCCAAUUUUGGGGUUAAGAUCUCUCAUUGAAGUUUAUCCCUAGGACCCUAGUUAAGGGCAUCCACAAUGCAUUAAACUUAUUAGAGUUUAAUGGAUUCACACAUCAUCAUUUUACUUACUAUACAACUCUACAUUAAUCUUCCUACAAUACAUUGAACUCAAUAGAGUUCAAUGGAAUAUAUAUAUUUAAUAGUUAAUAGGUUUUCUUUUUCCCAUUGAAGAGUUUCAUGACCAUUGAACUCCAUAUCCAUUGAAUGCCAACAUGGCAUCCCAUAAUGGUGGAGUUUAAUCAACUGAAUGCCAAUUAGGCAUGCCACCUCAUUCAACUCUCCCAUUGAACUAUGCAUUGUGAAUGCUCUAAGUUGCAUUGCUUUCAAUACAUCGUAAGUAUUGACGAAGCAAGUAAAAUAUGAAACUUAUUUGUAUUGGAUUUAUUUUUAUCUUGAUUGUGUUUCCUUUUAUCUCCUACAUGCU